AUGGCCCGUGGUCGGCCACAGACGUUGUUCACUGGAGCUAGGAAGAGCCACGAAGCGUUGGCAGUGAGAUCAGGCGAGUUGGACCACGGAAAAAUCGCCGUGUGCGAAUUGAAAAGGCAGUUCCGUGGAACGAUUUUGCUUCUAAUAGCACUUCCAGCGUGCUUGGCGCAGUUCACAAUACAAGGAGCCUCUGACGGGCGUCAAACUGCCCAGGGUUUGAGAGUAACGGAAGGGAAAGGAAUCGAGUACAUAGAUCAAAAUGCACCAAAGGAAAGUGGGUUCACUAUCCAAGGUGCCACAGAUGGUCACUCUCAAAUUCAAGGUGCUACGGAUGGCCAUAGCAAUUUUCAAAUACAAGGUGCCUCAGACUCUGGCGUGGAAAGUUACAACGGACAGUUCCAACAACCUUCUUCAGGAUCGUAUAAUAUUCCAAGAGAAUCGGAUGGACAUAGCCAAUCGAUCAUUCAAGGGUCCUACGAUCCUUCCGUGAAAUCUCUUCAAUACAAUGAUCCUAGUGGAUUAAGAGUGAAUUGGAGAUCGUACGAUCGUCAACCACGUCCAGAAACGCACCAAGAAGUGCAGCAGUAUUCGGAAGUCCCGGUUGCAAGCGCGCCAAGAGCACCACCAUCACGUCAAAGAGCUCACGUGCUACAACGUCAACCACAACCACAACCACAGCCUGAUCAAUUUGGAUACGGAAUACAACAGAAGAAGCAUUUUGAUGUCGCACCUGUACAUAUUAAACAGCUCCUUCAGUAUCAAGCGCAACUUCCAUAUUUCAACAUCAUACCUGAGCAAUACAGAUACGACUCUUCGUUGCAAUCACAAGGACCACGUGAAGAGCAACAGCAACAGGAACCUCAGUAUCGACCUGAACCACAAAAUCAUCCACCUCCAGAACCACGACACCCAGCUUAUCGCGGAAAAUCACGAGGUCCUCCUAGACAGAGACGACAGGCACCGCAACACGGACGAGAACAACAACAACAACCAUACGCGAGAAUUUCGCAACCACCGCCUGAACCUCCGAUUAAAUACUCCCCGAAUGUGCCCGCUCAUCUUCAGCAAUACUUGAAAUUCCAGGCUCAAACUCCUUAUAUCAACGUGAUUCCUGAACAGUACAGAUUCGACCCAGAACCGUCCGCGCGAUUGCAAUUGGAAGAGUUCAACAAGCAGUACGAAAAUUUGUUGAGACAGCAGCCAACAUCUCCAGUCGUAAAGGAGCAACCUGUGCCAGCAGCUCCAAUCCCAGUACAAGUUCGAUCUCAAGGUCCACCGAGACCAGAGCAUUCCAGACAAAGAAGACAAACGCAUUAUCAACAGCAACAAUUGCCAGCUGAGCCGGUGCCGCAGUAUUCCAACAACCUUCCUCCUCAGCUCCAGAACUUACUGAAAUUCCAAUCUCAAAUUCCUUACAGCAUCGUCGCUAAUCAGAUCAAUUAUCGCCCUGAAAAACCGUACGUUCCUCAGCCUGCUCAACCUUCCGCUCCUACCCAGCAAUCUCAGUUGUAUCAAGCAAGUCAAGCUGUAGAUGCAUACAAAAAUCAACCGUCUGCGUACCAAGAUCAACCGUCUGCGUACCAAGAUCAACCGUCUGCGUACCAAGAACAACCAUCCGGAUACAACCAAGUGUACGCUUCGCAGCCUCAGUAUCCGCAAUACUCUCAGGCUCAGCUUGGAUAUCAACAGCCUAACAACGGUGUUCGUCCUGUUACCGAGAAUCAAUACUGAAGACGAUCGUUGAUGAAUCAGUUAAUUGUUCGUAUCCUUUUCAUUUGA